AUGGCACAAUAUCCUGUUGAAUCCCAUAUAUUCGCCACACAACACUGUUCCCUGAUUGCUGUGGGGACAGUAAGUCCAAUUUAUGCAAUUGAUAGCCAUUUUGUGAUAAAGCGCCGACCCAAGCCGUCGGACGAUUUUGCUUGUCAAGCCUACAACAUCGAAAUCCGCGCUUACGAACGGUUGGGUGAUCACCCUCAGGUCGCGAAAGUACGGGAGGUUACGGCAGAUGGUAUAAUCAUCGAACGAGGCGAAUGCCUGCGCCAAAAGAUUCAGAGCAGCGAAUCGACAAUCGAGACAAAGCUUCGCUGGACCCAAGAAGCCGCAGCUGGCCAUGUAAAGUAUAUUGACUUUUCCGGCUCUGGUAUCGACGGGGAAGCUGCAAUGGUUUGCUAUGAAUGGUGUAGCUAUCGGCCGGGAUCUGAACCCAAUAUCAAAACAGAUAUAUUUGCCUUCGGUUCGACACUGUUUGAAAUAGAAACCGGCGAAAAACCUUACCAAGAAUUGGAAAAGACACUGGGGACUGGCAAGUUGAUGAGAGUGGUAGAGCAGCUUUUUGCCACGGGAAAAUACCCGAGAGUGGAUAUGCUUGUACUUGGUGACAUUAUUUUGCGUUGUUGGAAUGGGGACUACCACUCAAUGGAUGAGGUUUCGAGAGACAUCGACGCGUGCUGCCAGGGUAUAUAUGACACUGGUGCAGUUUCUAUACCUUCAUCGAGACGCUCUUAG